CGCCUCAUUGGGCGGCGGGCGAGGGCGGUCGCACGGCGGCCCGCCCCCUCGGCUCGGGAGUAGGCUGAGACGGGAGGGUCCUCGGCGCCAGCCCAGAGCGGAUCAAAGUGGUGGGACUCGCGCCGCGGCCGCGGAGACGUGAAGGCCCCGCGCACGCCGCCCUAGCACGCCCCCCACCCCGCCCCGGGUCGCCCGCCGCCACAGCCGCCGCCGCCGCUGCUGCUCGCCCUCUUCCCCGCCCCCCGCCCCGGUCCCCCCUCAUGGAGAAGACGGAGCUGAUCCAGAAGGCCAAGCUGGCCGAGCAGGCCGAGCGCUACGACGACAUGGCCACCUGCAUGAAGGCCGUGACGGAGCAGGGCGCCGAGCUGUCCAACGAGGAGCGCAACCUGCUCUCGGUGGCCUACAAGAACGUGGUGGGCGGCCGCCGCUCCGCCUGGAGGGUCAUCUCGAGCAUCGAGCAGAAGACGGACAGCUCGGACAAGAAGCUGCAGCUCAUCAAGGACUACCGGGAGAAAGUGGAGUCGGAGCUGCGCUCCAUCUGCACCACGGUCCUGGAAUUGUUGGAUAAGUAUUUAAUAGCCAAUGCAACUAAUCCAGAGAGUAAGGUGUUCUACCUGAAAAUGAAGGGGGAUUAUUUCCGGUACCUUGCUGAAGUUGCAAGUGGUGAUGAUCGAAAACAAACGAUAGAUAAUUCCCAAGGAGCUUAUCAGGAAGCUUUUGAUAUAAGCAAGAAAGAGAUGCAACCUACACAUCCUAUCCGGCUGGGGCUUGCUCUUAACUUUUCUGUAUUUUAUUAUGAGAUUCUUAAUAACCCAGAGCUGGCCUGCACACUGGCUAAAACGGCUUUUGAUGAGGCCAUUGCAGAACUUGAUACACUGAAUGAAGACUCAUACAAAGACAGCACCCUCAUCAUGCAGUUGCUUAGAGAUAACCUAACAUUAUGGACAUCAGACAGUGCAGGAGAAGAAUGUGAUGCAGCAGAAGGGGCAGAGAACUAAGUGCACACAGGGUGGCAUCCUUCUUCCCCUCGAGAAAUCUUUUUACACAUCUCCAUUCCUUAUUCCAUUUGGAUUUUCUCUAGCAAAGAAACCCAUUCAUGUGUAUGGAAUCAACUGUUUAGUCUUUUCACACUGCAGCUUUGGGAAAACUCCAUUCCUUGAUUUGUGUUUGUCUUGGCCUUUCUGGUGUGCAGUUACUGCUGUAGAAAAGUAUUAAUAGCUUCAUUUCAUAUAAAAAUAAGUAAUGUCCAAACACCUAUGUAGAGGACUUAAAAUGUACCUGAUAUUUAAGUAAUCUGAACCAGUUCUGCAAGUGACUGUGUUUUGUAUUACUGUGAAGAUACGAAAAUGUAGUUAAUUGCAAUUUAAAAGUGUUAUACAUAAUUUCUUCAUUUCUAUAUCCCUCUCUUACUCUUGGGGUUUCCUUUUAAUAAGCAACUUUUCUAUGCUUUUAAUGUAUUCUGUUUUGGUUGGAUUCCCGAAGAAUUAGAUUGAAUGCAAAAGCAUUGACACUUCUGGGCUGGGGGUCACAUACUGAAAUGUCUCCUAUUCCAUACCUUGGAGGCUUUGUGUGUUGGUGACAAUGGGGAGUUUCCUUAUUCACUCUUCAUUUGCUGCUGUUUCAGUUGACAACUUCCCUUCCCAAUAAAAAUUCACUUACACCUCCUACCUUUGUAGUUCUGGUAUUCACUUUACUGUGUGUAAUAAAAGUAGCAUGUUGCUGUCAGAAUACAAGCAUUGCUUUUGGCAAAUUAAAGUGCAUGUCAUUUCUUAAUACACUAGAAAGGGAAAAUAAAGAAAACAAGUCCAAGUCUAAAACUUUAGUACUUUUCCAUGCAGAUUUGUGCACAUAUGAGAGGGUGUCCAGUUUGUCUAGUGCUUGUGACUUAGAGAGUUGGACCACUACUGUGUGUUGCUAAUCAUCGACUGUAGUCCCCCAAACGCCUUGUGAAAAUGUUAUGCCCUAUGUAACAGCAGAGUAACAGAAAAUAAAAAUUACAUUUUAUAAAUCAUA